AUGAACCAGCAACGGGGCUAUCAAACCUCUGUCAUUCUAUCCGAUGGCAAGAUCUUCCAGAUUGGUGGGUCCUGGGUCGUAACAGAAGCGCGCGGUGGCAAACACGGCGAGAUCUGGGAUGGUACAUCGUGGACCGCACUCCCAGGCGCGUUGGUCGACCCUAUCCUUACCAAUGACCGCGAUCGUGCAUUUCGCGCCGAUAACCACGCUAUGCUCUUCGGCUGGUCCAAUGCCUCCGCCAUCUCCGUCGGCCCCUCGAGAGCAAUGGUCUAG